UCUAUAUCUUAAUCUUUUCUCAAUUAUUAAUUAUUAAUAUAUGACAACUACUUAAUUACACUAUUCUUUAUUUGUGUCUGUGUUUAGGGUGUAAUUGAGUGUCCUUGUCCAGAUAAAGAUAUCAGGAGAUUUGAUGCAAAUAUGCGGUUGUUUCCCCCAUUUAUUGAUAAUGAUAUAUGCCCUUUAACCAUUAAAAACACCAUUCUUCAGUCAUGUUACUUGAGAAACACAGAGUGGGCUUGUGGAGUGGCUGUCUAUACAGGUAAUGAAACCAAAAUGGGCAUGAGUAGAGGUAUACCAGAACCAAAGCUCACUGCUAUGGACGCCAUGAUUGACAAGUUGACUGGCGCUAUUUUUAUAUUCCAAAUAGUUGUUGUUCUUGUUCUUGGCAUAGCAGGGAAUGUUUGGAAGGAGACAGAAGCUAAGAAGCAAUGGUAUGUUCUUUACCCUCAUGAAGGUCCGUGGUAUGAACUGUUGGUCAUCCCUUUGCGGUUUGAGCUUCUCUGUUCCAUCAUGAUACCCAUUUCAAUUAAGGUAUCUCUGGAUUUGGUGAAGAGCUUGUAUGCAAAAUUUAUUGACUGGGACAAUCAGAUGAUUGACCAUGAGACUAGCAUUCCAUCCCAUGCAACAAAGUAAGUAACCAAA